AUGGCCGGUCCCGGGCCAUCGUUUGAUUCGCUCUUCGAUAAGCUGCGAUCCAAUGGACCAGCUGGGGCCAACGGUGCCUCCUCCCCUCAUCAACAACAACAACAACAACAUCCAUCCCGCCCUUCAUCGAAUCCUCAGUUCCAUCACCAGCCAUCUUACAGUUCGCUGCCUCCUUCCCAGCGAUCCAGCUAUGGCGCAAUGCCUCAGGGCUUCGGAAUCGAGUAUGGACAUGCGCGUAAUACUAGCAAUGACUCGCUGUUACAGACUCUUGAAUCCGCUAUCAGUGCUCACCCAACUGCUCAUCGCUUCCAUCAACAACAUCACCAUCCUACCAGUUUUUCUCCUCAGCCUCAUUUCGGUUCCAUUGACUCACAGGCAAUGCACGUUCCAAUGCAUUAUGGAUCACACGCUCCCACCCAGCUCAAUCGUCAGUUAGGCGCCGAACAUGGCCGUCACUCUAGUGCCGAUGACCGCGAUCCUAUGGUUCCGCAAAACUAUCUCAUGGGUCUUCUUCACAAGCAAACCAGCGGGAACGUUGGCCAGCAGGCUGCUCAUCAAGGACGUCGCUCUGUCGAUAAUAUCCCUCAGUUGCCACUAAGAUUUGAAGCCGUUCGUGAAGGUGCCAGGAGUACCAGUUUUGCUGAUGGUCCUACCACUGCUCCACCUCCACCUCCACCUCAGCCUAUGCCCACUCGCCAGUCGCUGCCUGCCCAUGACCAGCCGCUCAGCGAUCUGGUUUCAUCGCUUCUUUCCAGUGCCCCAAAGCAACAACCUCAAACUGAUAGCACCGGUGGAGUCCAUGAUCCGCGAAGCAUCAUGUCCCCUGCUCCUCGAGAAGUCGCCAACCCGGCCGCUGCCGACCUGCUCCAUCAAAUACUCGGACGAGGCAAGCCACUUCAAGAUGAUGCCGGUAGUGUCGCGUCCGCCUCUAGCCAGCAGAAUAAGCAGUCUCCCGAGUCGUCGCCCGUUGGUGAGCCAAGUUCGGUUGGAGCUACUAUUCCAGACACGGCGCCUGCAGGCUUGGACCAGCCCCCCGUCAAGCAGCCACUUUUCACCUAUGUCAACCCCUUUGAACAUCUUUCACGAACGAAUCCACGCAAUCGUUCCCCCAAGAUGCAACAGGCCUCUCUUACCAACGGCCAUAGCAGCCCUUCUCUCGCUAACCCCCUUGGUCUCUCAACGCCUUCCAACAUCCCCCUUCCGUUUUCCCCACCACCACCCCACGCUAUUGAGGAUGUAGCCGUGUUGCAGGUGGAGCCGAAAGCGUCUCUCACCGAUAUCGUCGCGAAUAAUGUCGAACGUCAUACACCUCCGCUAACUCAACCGUACGUCGAAGAUGUCGCGGAUCCAUUCGAUCGUGAAACCGACGUGUUCGAUGGUGAGACGGACCCAUUCGAAGGUGGCAAUACCACUCCUCCCGAGGAUACUGGUACUUAUCAGAAUGAAGAGCUUUUUGACGAUAACGCUCAAUUGGACAUUCCUGAUGUUGUAGAGGGUAUGGCUGGGCCUGAAGAGGAGGAUGCCGUCGUUGGCACUGCCGAGGCUUUAACUGUCGCGACAUCUGUUCAAGCGACCACCGUCCAAACCAUUGUUGAACCCCCAACCGCUGUUCUGUCGCCUGAGACUGUACCUCUCGAGAGUACAACUCCUGGGGCUUCUCAAAACUUGGAGACUAGCGCGGAGAAGGCAACAUUUACGAUCUACAAAUUCCCCAUGAAACCAUUCUCCCAGAUCACUUUCAAUGCCCUUCCAACUGUCACCGUUCCCGGUGGGAGGUUUAGCGAUAUCGCCAAGAUGACCCGUAAUGUGGAUCAGAUGGAUCGCAACCUCAUUUCUGCCUCGCCCUCGUACAUUGUUUACGCAACAGGAAAAUCCAAGGGUGGGGUUAGAAUUAUUCGACAGGAGGAUGGCCAAGAUGUUGUCUUGAUGAAAGACAGCACCGAACGAACAGUUAAUGUUGCUCUGGGCAAGGAAAAUCAAGUUUUGGCCGUUGGCGUCAACGGAACCGUCCUGUGGAGUGAACUCGACGGCUUUGAUGGCCCGAUGGACGAAUCGGUUAUGGAGAAUAGAAGUUUCCUGUUCCCGCCUUCGGCACUCCAAGACCAAAACGGAGGCCUCACCAAAUCUCGGACGCAUCUUACUCAGAGCCAUCCGAAGGUUUUCGCAAUCGGCCGCGGUCGUUUCAUCAGCUUGAUCCAUGCGGAUGCUGCUCGCCAAUACGCCGACGAGGAUGGUGGCAUCGUCAAGAUCAACGACACGGCGUAUCAUGCAAACCACUCUCGCACCAUUGACACACAAAAGGUUUCCAAGGAGUUCUGCUUUUCUGAAGACGAUUCUACGGUUGUAACGAUCGACAAGGCUGGUAAGAUCAAGUUUUGGGACGUCAGUAGGCUCGUCGAAUUCGAACGUGGAGAGGAUGAGUUGGAAUACCCCUCGGAAACCGCUAGGAUCUUGACGGAACCUGUUCUCACACGCUCUGCCGUCGGUCCAGGUGAGAUGUAUAAGGCUACAUCCGUCAUCUUUGUUGACAAACAGCAACCGUACGAACGACGUCAAGCAUUGAGGUACUUGAUUGUAGGGUUGCAACAAAACCAUGUGAUUCAGCUUUGGGACAUCGCGAUAGGACGCGCCGUCCAAGAGCUUCGAUUCCCGACUUCUUCCUCCGGAAGCGACGGCCUCUGCUCUUUGAGCUACCAUCCCAAGAGCGGCGUUAUCGUCGUCGGGAAUCCGAAUAGAAACACAAUUUCGUUCAUCCACUUGUCGACUCCAAAGUACAAUCUUCAACCAUUUUCACAAGCCGGCUUCAUCAAGGCUGUCAGCGAGCAGUCACCCAAUUUGCCAAAACUCGACGCGACCGCGAUAAUGUCCUCAAUUGUGGAGUAUUCUCUAGGCGAUAGAGGACAGCUCAUCUCUCUUGAAAUUCUUGAUUCGGCGUCUUCACUCCAAUUACCAGGCGAUGAUGCAAAGCUACCCAUAUUUGAGCUCUACAUUUCUCAUACUAAAGGACUCACUUGUCUUUCUCUUUCCAAGGAGGACAUUGGUUUCGAUAGCAAUCUUAGAGUGAUGAAAGGUCUUGAUGCUCUUGCUACCGGUGCUUGUACCCUAUCCGCCCUUAUCCCUCCUGCUAUCACGUCGCCUACGGAACCCACCAAGACAGAGGAACCGAAAACCACCCUCGCCCCUAUUGUUCCAGAACCUCCAAAGGCUCAGGCUCCAAACCAGCAACCACAGAAAGCCAAGGCUGUCGAACCUCAAGAAGAACCUGUUGUUGAGAAGCAGGAGGAAAAGCCGCCCGUCACCAAUGGACAGGGACGCAAGGCUGCUUCUAUGAGCGGCUUGGGCCGUGGCAAGAAGCCACGCAGGGAUGUCAACACUGUCUCCUUUGCCGGACCUGCCUUGGAGAAUGAUGAACCGUCACCAGCGCCCCAACCGAAGAAAAAUAAGGGUAAAGACCGGGAGGAGAAGAAAGUAGCUCUGUCGACUGUUAGUAUCUCUCCCGAGCUACUUGAACGCGAGGUCAAGAAAAUUGAAGAAGCUGUCAAUACAUCAUUCACUCAGGCCCUUUCGAAGGAAAUAGGAAACCUCUAUCGCAAGUUUGAUGAUGAUCGUCGCGUCCAACAAGCCGCAUCCGAUGCUAAACAGGAAGCCGUUCUGCGAGUGGUAUCUAACACAUUGACAACUGGUUUGGAGACGACCGUCGAAAAGAUCCUUGUUUCGCAUCUAGGAAGAUUAGCUAUUGACAUCAAAUCAGCUCUUGUGGAAAAUAUUCCCGCGGCUCUGUCUGACAGCAUCAUACGACAUAUGGAAGCAACCGUCCCAAAGACUGUCGAGAAGGCUUUGGCCUCCAAGGCAGUUCUCGGGAAUGUUGCUGAGAAUAUCCUUACUCCUCUGAGACAAGAUACGGACCAAGCCGCUCGCGACAACCUGCAGCAGUCUCUGCAAGCCUUUGAAGUCAUUGGAGAUAAUAUCUCUAAAGUCUUCUCUAAUCAACUUUCUAAGCAAUCAUCCCAAGCUCUCAAAGAGGCACGAAGAGUUCAUGAGGAGGACCAACAGAAGAUUGCACAGUUGACAUCCACUGUCGCAGAGAUGGCAAAAACCAUCUCGACUCUGGAAUCUACUACUGCCCGUAUGAUUGAGAUGCAGCAACAACUCCUAGCUAAUCAAGAAAAGCUCGCAGCCGCAGCCGCAGCCGCAGCCGCAGUUGCAGUUACAGCAGGUGCUACCAAUCCUUCGAUUCCACCAACACCGAUGACUGCGAAGUCGGAGAUUGAACUGGUGGGCGAUGAUAUUGAGAACCUGAUCCGACGUGGCGAUCUCGAAAACGGGAUGUUGACCUGGCUCCAAAGCAAAGAACUUCAAGACUACUACUUCGAAAAUGUUAUUGUCAAAUACAACCCAUACGAUGUUAUUCCAAAGGUUAGCCAGGUCGUCGCUCUUACAAUCGCCGCAAGUGUUACUGGGAAUCUCGAUACCUAUACAGACGAACGCUUGGCGUGGUUAGAGGCCUGCUUGAAUGAUUUCCACACUAUUCGUGAGGAUAAUACCCAAACGAUGUUGCCUAGAAUCACAGCAGUUCUCGUUUCCCGCUUGCAACAGUUCUAUAUGGCUGUGUCUGAAGAGAGCCCGGGGGCGUCGAUCCUUAAGAGAGUCGCAGGCCUUAGCAGGGUCACCGCACGGCUUAUGCAGUCUGUUGCUAUGUAG